AUGUCUCAUCAAGGUCCUCACGAAUGUCCAAAGGAUGGUCCACAUGGCGGCCACGAUUGCCAUUGUGAAGGAAAGAAGGACGGUCCACAUGGUGGUCCAGGUCAUGAAUGUCACAAAGGCGAACACAAGGAUUGUGGAUGCCAUGGCAGUCCAAAGGAUGGUCCACAUGGUGGCCCAAAUGAAGGACCACAUCACUAA